AUGUACAAACUCGCAGCACUUGCCACUUUCGGGCUUCUGAGCCUCACUGCAUCCGCUCUUCCWCAGGCUGCCACCGCAGAUCCCGUGCCUGUAUCAUGCCCAUUCAACGGUACCAUUGGGCCGAACAUUCUCGUUGCAGCAGUCGAAGUCCCUGACUCGGACAACACCACCGAGAAGGGUGCAUGGAUCUACGGCCGCAACUGGUGCUCAAACUACAACAAAAUCACCACCGGAUCCAACAUCUGUGUUGAUCGCCAACCAGACGAGACUCUCRAAUUUCUGCGCAUUCCCCUGUCAGACAAGUUUGGAAACUUCGACGACAACUGUUACGCCAACGUGGAGAUUUCCUUCUCCGGCUGCGACUACGACCAGGCAGCAGGACAGACGAACAACAGGAACACCGUCGCAACUGUCAAGUCCAAGGAUGGCCUCAGCCAGCACACUUAUCAAUGUGUGGAUACCAGGGAGCAUCGCGGCUGUGUCUACGAUGGCCAACUUGCUGUCCCAUCAGAGACUGAAUUCACCGCGUUUUUGAAGUGUGGAAUUCAGGCGGAGCCGUAG